CCCUCUGUCUUUGAGGGCGACUGCUGGUGGUGAGCAGCUGGACAGCACCAAAGCAGCAGAGGGAAGCCUGUGACAGGAUGAGCUCCAAGCCGAAGGCCAUAGAGAUCAUUGGAGCGCCGUUCUCAAAGGGACAGCCUCGAGGAGGGGUAGAGAAAGGCCCCGCGGCUAUGAGGAGCGCUGGUCUGGUGGAGAAACUUAAAGAAACAGAGUAUGAUGUGAGCGACUAUGGGGACCUGGCCUUUGCUGAUUUCCCUAAUGACAGCCCUUUUCAAAUUGUGAAGAACCCCAGGUCUGUGGGGAAAGCUAAUGAGCAGCUGGCUGGAGUGGUGGCCGAGGCCCAGAAGAAUGGAAGAGUCACCGUGGUGCUGGGUGGAGACCACAGUAUGGCGAUUGGAAGCAUCUCUGGCCACGCCAGAGUCCACCCCGACCUGUGUGUUAUUUGGGUGGAUGCUCACACGGACAUCAACACUCCACUGACAACAGGCACUGGGAAUCUGCAUGGCCAACCUGUGUCCUUCCUCCUGAAGGAACUAAAAGGAAAGUUCCCUGAUGUGCCUGGCUUCUCCUGGGUGACUCCUUGCAUAUCUGCCAAAGAUAUCGUCUACAUCGGCUUGAGAGAUGUAGACCCUGGGGAGCACUAUAUUCUAAAAACUCUGGGAAUUAAGUAUUUUUCAAUGACUGAAGUGGAUAAGCUGGGAAUUGGCAAGGUGAUGGAAGAGGCAUUCAGCCACCUACUGGGAAGAAAGAAAAGGCCCGUUCACCUGAGCCUUGAUGUUGAUGGACUGGACCCGGUGUUCACCCCGGCGACCGGCACACCUGUCCUGGGAGGCCUGUCUUACAGGGAGGGUCUCUACAUCACAGAAGAAAUUUACAAGACAGGGCUGCUCUCAGGACUGGAUAUCAUGGAAGUAAACCCAGCUCUUGGGAAGACACCAGAAGAAGUAACACGUACAGUGAACACGGCCAUAGCAUUAACCUUGGCUUGUUUUGGGACUGCUCGGGAAGGCAAUCACAAGCCAGGGACUGACUACCUUAACCCACCUAAGUAAAUGUGGAUGCCUCACAUGAAAAUCAGCUGACCAUGAGAGCAAGCUGAAUAGACCUCAGGAAACGGUUCUCCUCCAAAGGGCUCGUUCUCUUAGGAAAAAAAAAAACAAAACAUUUUUUUCCAGUAAGUAUGUUUUCCAGCAGUUCCUUUCUGGUAUCAAAUUGGGAGUGUGGAAAUUCAAACAGCUAUGAAAUCCGGAAACAUGUACUUCCCAUUUUAGCAGAAGUUGUCUUUUAAAAGUAGCAUAAAUUAAUUUCCAAUUAAAAAUGCACCAGCGUUUAAAAUAAUUGGCACAGUGCCGACCCACUAGUGUGGCAUUAUGAUAGUCAGAGACAGCGGUAUCCAGAGAGGAAGCCUGUGUCCACGGUUGUUCAAAAGAUGUGAUUUUUGUAAUAAACUCUUUAUAAUAAAA